UCCUUCAGUCUUGGAGGAAAGAUUAGUAGCUAGCGGUUAGCCGUGGUCAACAUGCCGACUGUCAGUGUCAAAAGGGAUCUUCUGUUUCAUGCAUUGGGCAGAACAUACACUGAUGAAGAAUUUGAUGAGUUGUGUUUUGAGUUUGGGCUGGAGCUCGAUGAGAUUACCUCAGAGAAGGACAUCAUCAGUCGUGAGCAGGGGGACACCAAGGCAGAGGGGGCGUCUGAUGUGAUUCUGUAUAAGAUCGAUGUCCCAGCUAACCGCUAUGACCUGCUGUGUCUGGAAGGGCUGGUCAGGGGCCUGCAGGUCUUCAAGCAGAAGAUGGAAGCCCCUCGCUACAGGCGUGUGAGUCCAGCCAGCAGUGAGCCUCAGAGGCUGGUCAUCACAGAGGAGACAACUGUUGUGCGACCCCACGCUGUGGCUGCAGUCCUGAGGAACAUCACCUUCACACAGGAACGCUACGACAGCUUUAUCGAACUACAGGAAAAACUCCAUCAGAACGUCUGUAGGAAAAGGACUCUGGUUGCCAUCGGCACCCAUGACCUGGACACCAUUUCAGGCCCCUUCACCUACACAGCCAAACCACCUGGUGACAUCCGCUUCAAACCUCUCAACCAGGCAAAGGAGUACACCGCACAGGAACUCAUGAUUCUCUACAAGACAGACAGCCACUUGCGACACUAUCUGCACAUCAUUGAAGACGAGGCUGUAUAUCCUGUCAUCUAUGACAGCAACGGCAUUGUACUGUCUAUGCCUCCAAUCAUCAAUGGGGACCAUUCCAAAAUCUCCUUGAAUACAAAGAAUGUUUUUAUCGAGUGCACAGCCACUGAUCUUACCAAGGCAAAAAUUGUGUUGGACAUGAUGGUGACGAUGUUCUGCGAGUAUUGUGAAGAGCCUUUCACGGUAGAAGAGGCUGAGGUGGUGUACCCAGACGGAAGGACCUGUCAGUACCCGGAGCUGGCUUACAGGAAGGAAACUCUGUCAGCUGACUUCAACCGCAAAGUUGGCAUCAGUGAGUCGACUGAGCAUAUCGCUCAACUUUUGACCAAGAUGUGCUUGCGCUCAGAGGUCAUGAGUGACGGCGAACAGAUCGAGGUGGAGAUCCCGCCCACGCGCUCUGACGUCAUCCACGCCUGUGACAUCAUGGAGGACGCUGCCAUGGCAUACGGUUUCAACAAUAUUCCCCGCACCACGCCGCGCACAUAUACCGUAGCCAAUCAGCUCCCACUUAAUAAGCUGUCAGAGCUGCUGAGACAGGACCUGGCUGCUGCUGGAUUCACGGAGGCCCUCACCUUCGCCCUGUGUUCUCAGGAGGACAUAGCUGACAAGCUGUUGAAGAACAUCUCAGAGACCAGAGCAUGUCACAUCUCCAACCCCAAGACAGCUGAGUUCCAGGUGGCGCGCACCACCCUGCUCUCAGGCCUGCUGAAGACUGUUGCUGCCAACAGGAAGAUGCCUCUGCCUCUGAGGCUGUUUGAGAUUUCAGACGUGGUGCUCAAGGAUGAAACCAAAGACGUGGGGGCCAGGAACAACCGUCGCCUUUGUGCUGUCUACUACAACAAGAGUCCGGGGUUUGAGGUGAUCCACGGUCUGAUGGACAGGGUCAUGCAGCUGCUGGAGGUCAAACCAGGCCAGGGCAAUGGCUACCACAUCCAGGCUGCUGACGAUUCCACCUUCUUCCCUGGUCGCUGUGCUGAGAUCUUUGCGCGCGGGAAGAGCAUAGGACGCCUCGGGGUCCUUCACCCUGAUGUCAUCAACCGCUUUGAGCUCACCAUGCCAUGCUCCGCCCUGGACAUCGACAUCGAGCCCUUCCUGUGAUGUCACACGCAGACACACGCCUGAACCUGUAACACCACCAAACUCAUCUACUCAUGCUCAGUCCAUCUCAACACAGGCUUUCCCAGCUCCAGCAGAGUACAGCCCAACCUGCCGCAGCUGAGCUCACAUUUUCACGCAAAUCUCCCAUUGACAUCACAUUGCAAGCUUGAGAUAUGUGCGAAAGUAAGGAUUCGGCCCCAAAUUAAUUGUUCAGUUUAUAUCAUGUGUGGUAUUUCUGUUGACAAAUGUACAACAGUGUAUGAAGUAACCAUAGAAAUUGUAGGCUGGUAUAUACAAAGGAUGUGGCUGUAUUUUUAUCUCCAUGGUAAUUAAAGUGAAUAUGAGAUGUCAGUCUGUGACUCAGUCCUGUGUUUCUGAAUUCAUCUCAGUCCUGCUUCAUUUGAGCUUUAACCAAUAUGCUGUACUAUACCAUUUAAAGACAUUGCUCUGAGCAAUUGUAUCGAUUCAGGUCAUUUACAUUUUAAAGGUUUGUCAUACAGCGUAUAGGCCUAAUGCACCGUAUGAGUGUAAAUAACAGGAAGCCGCAAAGCUGUGGUUCAACAGGUUUCCUUGUGGUGUGUCCAACUGGUAUGGUCUUGUUCGGUGGGUUAAUGGUCCUGGGCGGAGCUUCAUCUACUUGAUACAACAGGACAUGAACUCUGACAUACGAUACAGUACUGUAACUGCAGGUGUUGCUUAGUUCUGUUUCUGUGUGAUGGUGAGGAAGUCAGAAAGGCAAGUAACACGUUAAAUAAAAUCAGUGUAAUAUUGA